AAAUUCUUAUCUCCUAGGAUAGUUUUUUUCGAAUAAUCAGUAAAAGUAGCAGUGAUAUGUAAAAGUAUUGUCCAUUACGAGUAUUUAAAAAAAAAUUAUAAAGAUUGGUCUAAAAUUGAGCAGUCAGCUGAUUUUUGAAGUAAAUUGUCUCAAAUAUAUCACUGUGCGUCUCACCGGCGAGAGAGAGAGAGAGAGAGAGAGAGAGAGAGAGAGAGAGAGAGAGAGAGAGAGCCAGUGGCGGAGCCUAAGCGAUGGAACGAGCCGAGUAGUUGCGAAGCUUCCCGAAGCUUUCGCAUCAUGCAUCACGACACCGACCGUCGUUGUUACCCGCCAGGCGCGCCAUAAGAUGUUACACAUCAAAAAACAUACAAGGACGUAUUAUUAAACUAUGGGUGGAAAAAGGAAAAAAGAAGAUACUCUCAGACCGCGAUCGUAGAAGGCUUUUUGAGGAACAUCUAAAAGCAAACAUUAAGCUUACUGACGAUCUCGAUGACGAUUUUGAAGACUUAUCAUCAUCCGAUGAAAGUGUAUACAAAGAAAAAAAUGUUAUACCACAACCUGUUUCAUCACCAACUGAAUCCGGAUCUUCUCAUUCAGAGUAUGAAGCUGAUAACUUGAAUAUUAUAUCUCAUAUGGACGUAGAUGAUAACCAAGAAGAGAUACAAUCAGAAUUAUCUGAAAUUGAUAGUUUUGAGUAGAGAUAUUCAUCUUCUAAUUUUGAUGUUUCAUCACGUAGUGAUUUUGAAUACGACAAUGAAGACUACUUUUAUGAUCCCAAUGAAGAAAGAAAGGAAGAAUUUAUAAAUGACGUUUGAGACCUCAUAUUAGAACAUAAUAUGCAUCAAGAAACAGCAAAACAUCUUAUACAACUUCUUAAUAAAUAUACAGAGCAUGAUUUACCUAAACAACCUAGAACGCUGUUGAAAACUCCUAAAAAGACCACAAUUUACGAAAUAGAAGGUGGCCAGUACCAUCACUUUGGGUUAGAACAUGCUAUACAAACAUUAUCAUUGACGCAAAAAACGAUAAAUUGGUGUACACUAACAAUAUAAACUUAUUGGUUAAUAUUGAUGGAGCUCCUUUACAUAAUUCUACUACGAAAGGUAUAUGGCCUAUACAAAUUUCAACAAACCUUACUAAAACUGUUUAUGUUGUCGGCAUAUUUUACGGACCUGGUAAACCUAAAAAUGUAGAUGAAUUUUCGAAAAUGUUUAUAGACGAAAUAAACAAUUUAUAUGCAGAUGGACUAUCAUACAUGUCUGAGAUCUUCACAGUUGACAUUGAUGCUUUUGUUCUCGAUGUCCUAGUUAAAUCAUUGAGCCUUCGUACAAAAGGACAUGCUGGGUAUUACAGCUGCCCCACUUGUCAAGUUGUAGGUAGCAGAAUUGGAAACGUUACUUGUUUUCCAAAUGGAACCGACCAAGAACUUCGAACUGAUGAAGAUUUUAGAAAUUUAUCCUACCUCGGUACAUACCAAUUAGGCCAAACAAUUUUAAAUAGAAUACCCGGUAUAGGAUUGGUAACAGGUGUGCCAAGGGAUUGUAUGCAUCUUGUUUGCUUAGGUAUCACUAGAAAACUUCUAUUUCUAUGGAAAUAUGGCCCUUCAAAUAUAAAGGUAAAUGUCGAACAAAUAAAUAUUAUUUCUGAUGGACUACAAGAAUCUGCAACAUUUUUGCCAACCGACUUUUCUAGGAGACUAAGGUCACUCCAAUUUGUGAAACAAUGGAAAGCUACAGAAUGCCGAAGGUUUAUUCUCUAUGAUGGAAUUAUUUUAGUUAAAGAUGCUUUAAGUAAAGAGCAGUAUGAUAACUUUGUAAAACUUCAUGUUGGAAUAAGAUUACUUACCAUGCCUGCAAUGGCUUCUAAUCCGGAUUGCGUCAAUUUGGCUGAAUCGUUGUUGAAAGACUUCGUUCAAUCAUUCGAAGUUAUAUAUGGUGGCAGAUAUGUUUCAUAUAAUGUAGAUAAUCUGCUUCAUCUUGCUUCUGAUGUGAGAUUGUACGGAUGCUUGGAUAAUUUUAGUGCUUUCAGAUUUGAGAGUUUUAUUUUUUUUUAUAAAAAGUUGCUCCGAAAACAUAAUCAUAGCUGAGCACAAAUUGUCAGAAGGUUCAAGGAAUUGGACGAGGCAUCGGUGAGUGUAAUAAAGAAAAGAAAAGAAAUUAUGGAUUCCAAGUACAAAAACAUUCAUCAAAAAGGACCUUUAAUAAGAAAUCUUUCUGGGACUCAAUAAGAAACAUUCAGUACUGGAAAAUAUAUCAUCAAAUGUAAAGACAUCAGAAAUAAUUGUGUUGUUCUGGAAGAUAAUACUGCAAUACGAUGUUUGAAUUUUGUAAGGAAAAGAGAUGAAACAAUGUACGUAGUUGGAAAAGCAUUUACUUAUACCGAUGACAUAUAUACUGACCCCAUACCAUCUACGGAUAUGGGUUGUUAUAUAGCAACAGAAAAUCAGGAAUUGAAUUCUUGGAACUGUGAAAGUAUAAAAACUAAAGCAUAUGUACUUCCACACAAAGACAAAUUCAUAAUUUUACCGUUGAUACACACAGAAUAGUAAUAUAUUCUUGUCGCGUGCUUACAUUUAAGGGGGCACACCACCUUUGAAAUCAAAAUCAAAAUUUUUCAUUAAAAAUUUAUAAAUACUUAUCUAAAUAAACCAAAUUUUUUUACU